AAUCGGAGAUGACCGUGGCCUCAACAGGGCCAAUCGGGGGACUCGAGCCCGACAACAGGGCAAGCCGCCAACAGCGAUCAAUCAGAGGGGAGGAGCAGCUCCCAGAUGCCCAAUCAGCGGCCUUCAGGCGCAGAUCGUGGGCGGAGCGGUAGCCAGGCCCGCGGGCCGGCCAAUCAGCGGGCGAGCGGCUGCCUCAGCGCGCGCGGUGGGCGGGGCGGGGCCUGUCCGCGCCUGGGAGGAGUGGGCGCUGCGAGCAGCGAGGCCAGAGUUGAAAAUUUACAGAGUCCUGAGGCUUUCAGACUGAAAAAGGCUUUCUUCUGUCACUGACGAUCGCCACCAUGAUCCAUAGUCUUUUCUUGAUCAACUCCUCUGGAGACAUUUUCCUGGAGAAACAUUGGAAAAGUGUGGUCAGCCGUUCUGUUUGUGAUUACUUUUUUGAGGCGCAAGAGAGAGCUACUGAGGCAGAAAAUGUGCCUCCGGUUAUCCCUACCCCUCACCACUAUCUCUUAAGUGUUUACCGCCACAAGAUCUUUUUUGUGGCCGUGAUCCAGACGGAGGUCCCCCCUCUGUUUGUCAUUGAGUUUCUUCACCGAGUGGUGGACACAUUUCAGGAUUAUUUUGGGGUCUGUUCAGAGCCAGUGAUCAAAGACAAUGUAGUUGUGGUUUAUGAGGUAUUGGAAGAGAUGCUUGACAAUGGUUUUCCAUUGGCUACCGAGUCGAACAUUCUUAAAGAACUCAUAAAGCCUCCCACCAUCCUUCGAACGGUUGUCAACACCAUCACAGGAAGCACGAAUGUGGGUGACCAGCUUCCCACUGGGCAGCUGUCAGUGGUGCCUUGGCGACGGACUGGGGUGAAAUACACCAACAAUGAGGCCUAUUUUGAUGUGAUUGAAGAGAUUGAUGCAAUUAUUGAUAAAUCAGGCUCCACAAUUACUGCUGAGAUCCAGGGGGUGAUUGAUGCCUGUGUCAAGCUGACUGGCAUGCCAGACCUUACACUUUCCUUCAUGAACCCUAGGUUGUUGGAUGAUGUCAGCUUCCAUCCUUGUGUUCGUUUCAAGCGCUGGGAAUCUGAGCGCAUCCUCUCCUUCAUCCCUCCUGAUGGAAACUUCCGCCUGCUGUCUUACCAUGUCAGUGCACAGAAUCUGGUUGCAAUCCCAGUGUAUGUCAAACAUAACAUCAGUUUCCGGGACAGUAGUUCCCAUGGACGCUUUGAAAUAACAGUGGGACCCAAGCAGACGAUGGGGAAGACCAUCGAGGGAGUGACUGUCACCAGCCAGAUGCCCAAGGGGGUCCUGAACAUGAGCCUUACUCCAUCACAGGGGACACACACAUUCGACCCAGUCACAAAGAUGCUGUCUUGGGAUGUAGGAAAAAUAAAUCCACAAAAGCUACCAAGUUUGAAGGGGACCAUGAGUCUUCAGGCUGGAGCUUCCAAACCAGAUGAAAACCCCACAAUUAACCUGCAGUUUAAGAUCCAGCAGCUGGCCAUUUCUGGACUCAAGGUGAAUCGUCUGGAUAUGUAUGGAGAAAAGUACAAACCCUUUAAGGGCAUAAAAUAUAUGACCAAAGCUGGGAAGUUCCAAGUUCGAACCUGAAGGGAGCAUUUGCUGAGGGAAUAGUCUUGCACACUUUUUCAUUUCUUACUUGUCUAAAAGUAAAAAAAAAUAUCAGCCUGUCUCCUAGGUCAGUCCCCUCCUGGACCCACCCGCUCCCUUUUUUCCUUAGCCUUCAGUGCCAUGGAACUAAUCAAGGGAGGAAAAGGUCACCAGGGAGAACUGGACAGAACUGAAACACAGCAACACCAGUUCUCAAGGACAAGGUGUGUGAUGGGGGUAGGAAGCUUGGUGCUUAUGUAACCAUUUUAAACGUGGUUUCUAUAGGAAAGACCAACAUUUGUUUAGCUUGCUUGGCUUUAAUUAUCUAAAGCCAAUGAAAGACUUCUUUGUUGAUUUUUUAAGAUAGAAAUAUUAAAAAGAAAGAAAGAUGGGAAGAAAAUGAAUGUUAGUCAAGGAAAGGCCACUUAAGGAUCUGAUCUAUGAAGGAGAAGAAAGAGGAAAAAGAAGUAAAGGAGUUAGGAGGAGACACUUAAAUGAAAGAUUGGCAAGAAAAGCAGUCGGACUCUACCUUAAGGAGGGAUGGGAAGGAAAGAGUUGAGUUGGUUUCUUUCUGAUUCCUCUACUCAUGUAGAAAACACUUGUACUUCUGGAAAUGGACUGGAGACUUUUUAAAUUUGAGUCCACUAUUGACAUGGAAACCCCAGUGGAAUCAGAUUUUCCCUUGAAGACCAUGAUGGUAUCGGACUAGUUUUCAGACACUGCCUGUUGCUGUCCAUCAGCACUUGGUCUCUUAUCUUCAGUGAGAAGGUGACCUGCCUUCUUCCCAUGGUGGCUGCCUAAAGUGCUUCUUUUCUAACCCAAAACAGUUCUACUCACUUCCUUUUACAGAAUUCACUGGCCAUUUUCCUGUUACCUGAUCCUUCUACAGGAUUUUUAAAAAGUAAGAGCGUUUCAGAGAAGCCGAUCCCAUAAUCCCCAGUGCAGCCAGGGUUUGUGUGUCAUCGUACUGGAGUAGAGAGGGCCGACUCUUCCCAUGAAGGUGGGCACGGCUGUGAGUGAGUGAGCUCAUAUCUCCAUUUGUCAGUGCUAGACUGGUACCAGAUCGUAACCUUCCCGUUGGUCGGAAACUUUUCCAUCUGUCGCCCUAGAAAAAGAGAAAGCUUACCAUCGAGGGUGUGGUUGAUCCUUGAAGCUACUUGGUAAAGUUAUCAUUUCCUCAGUCUUUUCUUUUAUACUCUAUCAUGUAUUCAUUAAUAUCUACCAGUCCCUUUUCAUUCUAAGACAAAACAUUUCUCCUAAAUCUCUGAAUAAAAUCAGUGCUGUAGGAAGAUGGACCGUGUUGAUCAUGGGUGUAAGCAACCCAGUUUAAGAAACAUGGCAACUAAAGGGAUACCUCAGGCUUUCUUUCCCAGUGGGUCAUUUUUGUCCUAGUUCAGUGUGUCUAUUACUAUUUAAAUAUUUAUACAAAAGGGUUUUUGUUUAUAGCUUAAGGAAUGAUACUGUGCUCUGCUUCGUGCGUGGAGAAAAGGGAAGACCCGUACUCUCCACACUCUAGAGCUUUUCUCUAAAUAUUGUGCAAAGUUUUUGCUAGUUUUAUCUUCUGACUUUGGGACUAGUUUUUGCUGCAGAGUUGUGUUGCUUUGUGAUUUUCCUCUGGGAUAAAGUGUACUGUACACAACCAGAUGUGUUCCACACUCCAUCACUCUGCAGUUUGUCCUGGAGUGACAUACACAUCCACCACGGAAAGGGAAGCAUCUCUCUGCCUGUGGAUUCUCAAGUACUUGGAAGCACCUCUCCUGAGGAACCUACAGAAUUCUAAGGUUUCCUAGGUCACUGAACAACUAAUCUUGGUCCCUGAAUAUUUCUAGGUUUCUAAGUGCAGCAGUUUUACCUCUAGAACUCAUCCUGUUUCAAGGGAAGUACCUAAGAAGAUAUAGAGUGUUUCUAGGGUAAGGGACCUGCAGGUGUAAGCAUAGAUGAAAUAACUGUCCUGUCACAUGUGCAGCAGGUCGUGGAGUGUAGCAGGCAUCGCCGCCGCCAUCCCUGCAGCGUCAGCAUAAGCAGUGCGGGGUGUCUCCAUUGAGCUGUUUAGUUCCAUGUGUGUUUAACAUGUGCAGAAGUAGCUUCUCUGUUUAAGUUUAAUAAAGUUGAGUUUCACCAGU